AGAUGCGUUUUUACGCACGUCUCCAGCCCUCACAGUCUGCACGUUUUUUACGCACACUGGAUAUUUGACUCCUCGGUUGGAUGUCAAACGUCAGAGAGAAGUUAUUCUAUAGGAAAUGGCUGAGUGUCCUUCAUAACGGGCUCUUGAGGGGGGCAGCUUGUUUCUCGUCGGAACAAGAAAUGACAAACCCCCACUGAUGGAUUCAGCGGGAUCUGCUUAGAUUACUCCUCUUUGUGAAAGUACUGUAGUUUUUUCGUCAUUAAAGACGGAUUUACUUGAAAAACAUCGACUUCUUUUGAAUAUUUCUGUCAUUCAGAGAGCAUGGCUUUGUCUUACCUCUACGCGCUGUGCGUGUGGGUGAGUUUAGUGUGCGCUUCCCUCGGAACUGGGUUCAUCUAUCACUUUCCAGGCAUCAGCCUGCAGCGACCGCGCAUCAAGUCGGAACAGAGCCGAACCACGGGUCCACCAGGUUCUGGAUCCCGGAACCAACUCAGGAACUGGUGCCAGCACACCGUCUCCAGGACUGUUCCAUGUAAAGUGCACAACGGGACCGAAACCUCCGUGCAGAGAGUGUUGGGCUGCAGAUGGCCGGGACCAUGUGCCAAAGUCAUCAGCUACAGGACUGUCAUCAAGCCAUUAUUCAAGAUCACCUACAAACAGAUCACCUCACUGGAGUGGAGAUGCUGUCCUGGGUUUGUGGGAGAUGAGUGUCAUGAAGAAUGUCUUAACUGCACCAGUUUCAACGACAUGAACAGCAGGAUAAACGCAAUCGAGUCAAAGAUCAGACUGUUAGAGGAGGCCCGCUCGACCAGUCCGGGAGGCAGCACAAUUCCAAAGGGAUCCGCAGAAAAUGAGGUGGACUCACCUCGACCCACUCCACCGCCGUACCUGCCACCAGUACAAGGAGCCAGAGGUCCUCCAGGACCCAUUGGACCUCCAGGACUUCCAGGUCCUCCAGGAACAACGGGCCUCCCAGGACCUGUUGGGCCAAAAGGUGACAGAGGUGAACCAGGAGAAACUGGCCCUCCUGGUCCACCUGGUCCAUCAGGACCGAACUCUGCUCCGAUCCAAACGCGAGGUGACGUUUUCCACAUGGAUGGUCAGGAGGACCUGAUCCGUCAAGUUCUUCCUGCUCCUCAGAUGAGAGCUGGUCCCCCCGGUCCCGCUGGUCCGUCGGGCGCCCCCGGAGCAAGAGGACCUGCAGGGACACCGGGUCUGCCAGGACAGGAUGGCAGAGAGGGCCUCCCGGGCAGUCCUGGUCUUAAAGGAGAUCCAGGGGAAAAGGGGCCUACAGGUGGAGCAGGCGAGCAGGGCUUACCUGGAGCACCGGGACCUAAAGGAGAGCCAGGAGUGGGUUUGACCGAGGGUGAAGCCGUGCAGCAGCUCAGGGAGGCCCUAAAGAUCCUGGCAGAGAGGGUUCUGAUCCUGGAGCACAUGAUGGGCAUUCAUGAGAACUCUGAGGGCUCAGGAUUUGGCAGCAUCUCUGACCCGUUGUUGUUUCCUGGCCUGAAGACGAAGCGCCGUCAGCCCGUCCAAACCCUCCCUCAGAACCCGCUGCUAAACCAGAGACAAAGACGGGUCCCACUUUAAUGUUGUGGUGUCUUUUUUGUGUGUGUAUCAGUUUGAAGAAGAUCGUAACUCGCACACAACUGGACACUGACGUAUUUGAUCCUUGUACCUUUAUUUGAUGUUUGUUUACUUUGACACAAACCAGUGCUGUUGAGAUGUUGAGCAUCUCUUCCACAUUAAAGGAUUUCUUAAUCUUUAUCAUCCUGUGCUGCUACACAACUGUACAAUCACUUACAACUUGUUGCACAGAGAAUGAUCUCAUAUCUCACAUUUCUCAUAAAGAAUGAUGGAGGUUUUGGCGUCUCUCAUCUGUCAGAUGAGCAAAUGAAUCAGUUUUUUCUUGGCUAGGUUGCAAAGUUCCUGAAAGUUGGACAGAACGCGUUGUAGUUAACCUCCAGGCUCUUCUUGUGUUUCUGUCCAGUGUAGUUUUUGAUUUUCUCUUCUUUUCGCUUCUCCCAGAAUACCUGCCUAAAAUAAAGUUAAGUGAAAUCAAAAGCAUCUGGAAAGACAGCACAUCUGGAGAACUGAAUGAAAAGUUGCCUAAGGAGUUGAAUUUCAGCCUUAACUUGGCACAGCCCCGACGCACCUAGAAGCUGACAGGAUUACGUUGAUUUGUUUGCAAACAGCCUCUGAGAUUUCUGUCUAAACAGAUCUGAUUACUGUACACGUCUCUGAGAGACCCAGCGGUUUGUUUCUGAAUAAAUCUUGUAUGUUACA